AUGUUUGAGGAUGUAGGCUUUAAACAUAUAUGGUAUGAUCGUACAUAUCCACCAACUUCUGCAUCCCCAGAUGAAGUGGAGGGAAGUGAGCAAGAUCCAGCUGCAACCAUUUCCCUUGAAGAAGAGUAUGAAAAGUUCAGCAACACAGAGUCUUCUUCACUUUUGAAGAAACACCUGACGCCUGAGAUUUUUGACGCCAUCAAAGAUCGCACCACAUCCUUAGGCGCUACACUCUAUGACUGCAUCAAAUCAGGUCUUGCUAACCCAGACUCUAAAAUUGGCCUGUAUGCUCCAGAUGUUGAGUCCUAUGCCUGUUUCAAAGAGCUUUUUGACCCUGUCAUUGAUGAAUACCAUGGAGGAUUCGGGCCAGAUAACACUCAUCCAGAAGUUGAUUUCGGAGAUCCUUCUACUCUUGGAGAUUUGAACGAGUGGGGCAACUAUGUCGUAUCAACCAGGGUUCGUUGUGCUCGAUCGGUUGAAGGUUAUCCUUUCAACCCCCUUCUGACCAGUGAACAAUAUACUGACCUAGAACAAAAUGUCAGUAAUGCUCUGCAAACGUUGGAGGAAGAUCUAGCAGGUAACUAUCGGCCAAUAAGUGAAAUCAGUCCUGAGGAUCAAGAGGAACUCUUAGAAAAACAUUUGCUGUUCAAACAAGGAGACAGAUUUCUCGAAGCAGCUGGUGCCUGUCGGUUUUGGCCAGAAGGCAGAGGCAUAUUUUUGAAUGGUGAUAACACCCUAGUGAUUUGGGUGAAUGAAGAAGACCACUUACGAAUAAUAUCUAUGCAGGAAGGAGGUAACCUUAGUGAAGUGUACAGCAGAUUUGUACGUGCAGUGACAACUCUUGGUGAGAAGCUUCCAUUUAGUUCUUCACAACACCUAGGCUCCUUGAGUUUUUGUCCUACUAACCUUGGUACAGGCAUCAGAGCUUCGGUACACAUUCGCCUACCUAAGUUAGGGGAAAACAUGCUCAUGUUAGAGAACACUGCUAAUAGAUAUAAUCUUCAAGUUCGAGGUACAUCUGGAGAGCACUCAGAAGCUAAGGAUUAUGUAUUUGACAUUUCCAAUCGUCGUCGUUUAGGCAUUACAGAGAUUGAAGCCAUUCAAGAAAUGUAUGAUGGUGUGAAGGAAAUAAUUCAGUUGGAAAAUAGUAUGGAGGGAGAUGACACCGACAGUCGUAAGGGUUCCAUUUAUUGAAUAUAUUCACCUAUUGUAUGUUUUCACAAAACACUAAUUACCAGUGCAUUAACUAUUCAUCUAUGAACAUCAGCAGCAACAGCCUUUAGACUAUAUAAUGCUUUGUGGCACCACUGAAGCAUGAAUAGCCAUUGCCAACUUAGUAAUAACGUAAAGGAAUUUUCGAAUUUGAAUGAAAAAUUAUGUGUAAAAUGUAUUCCAAUAAAUAUAGUACAAAUAGUAAAACAGAAUUGUAAAGUAAUGGAUUAAACUGUAUUUCUAUACUGUGCAUGUAAGAAGUCAUUCAUUCCUAGUUUUACCUCUUUCACCUCUCACACUUCCUUAUAGUUCUUAUGUGAUACUCUGCAUUGCUACUUCUGGCAGCAUAGGAACAACCGCAGAUUUUGGAUGCAAAAUGCUUGUCAAUCGUCAUGGAAAUUUGAAAAUAUGUUGUACUUUGGCUGAAGGGCCAACUUACCAUUUGGUUAAAUAAGUCAUUGACAUUUAGUGUAGAAUGUAUUGUAAUCCUUGUUGUCUCAGUAGCCCAUUACUUUUUCUAUGCCCCUGUUUUACCACCUAGGGGCAUCUGGUAAUUGACCUGUCUUCCUGUACGGCCCUCUAUAUGUCUGUCUGUGUGCUGUGGCUAAAGUCUGUACACUAUUUCUAACUGUGGAACCAUAUAAUCCAGAGACUUCGUAUUUGCCAUGCAUACUUCAUUUUGGAGUUAGUGUUUAGAGUGAAUCAAGUUCAAAGGUAACUUUAAAAUAUGCCAUCUGGAGGAAAAGUGCCUCACAGGACCAUUCUUUUUUCUUUUCUUUUUUUCUGCAGUUCUACUUCUAGGCAUUAUUUCGUGCCCCAAUGGAAAGUGACAUUAUUCUGUAACUGUUUACAGUUUGUUAGGUAAUAUGAAGCAAGGAAUUUCCUACCAAAAUGAUAGUUUUGCAUUAAUUUUGGUAGAUCUUGAUUGUUUUGUAUACCUUUUGUUCCCACUACUA